AUGAUAAAAAAUAUACACGAGUUGAGACAGUUAGCAUGUAAAUGUUUUCAAAAGAGGAAUUCAAAUACAAAUACAUACCUUGAUUUAAUUGAAAGUUCUUUAAAAGUUGAAUUGAAUAAAGUAAAUUAUCACAUGGAUUUCGGAAAUCAUUUUAUUUUUCAUUUUAUUUAUAUGUUUCGUACUAACGGAAAUCAAUUUUUCGAAGCCUUCCAUCGUAUGACGACUUCUAUACAAAAGUUAUUCAUAUGUAAAAGUUUAUUUGAAGAAGCAAUUGAAAUAUUAAAAGCUGUUCAAAGAUUUAAUACAGAAACUCAUGGUAAAAAUAACAUAUUCACGCUUGAUACAAAGCAUAAUAUUGCUAACUGUUUGAAUAAUAUGGGAAAAUAUAACAAAGCUGUAGAAGUUUAUUAUUCUUUUCAUAAAAUAAAAAAUGAAAUGCUAGGUAUUACCCAUCCUUCUACAAUAACAACAAAACAUAAUAUCGCACUCUGUUUGAACAAUAUGGGAAAAUUUAACGAAGCUUUGGAAAUUUAUUAUUCUGUUAAUAAAAUAGAAAAUGAAAUUUUUAGUAUCAACCAUCCGUCUACUAUGGCAACAAAACAUAAUAUCGCAUUCUGUUUGAACAAUAUUGGGAAAUAUAACGAAGCUUUAGAAAUUUAUUAUUCUGUUGCUAAAUUACAAACUGAAAGUUUUGGUAUCAACCAUCCAAUUACAAUGACAACAAAAAAUAAUAUUGCAAGCAGUUUGUUCUUUAUGGGAAAUUAUAACGAAGCUUUCGAAAUUUAUAAUUUUGUUGAUAAAAAUCAAACUGAAAUUCUAGGUAUAAACCAUUCAGACACAAUGACAACAGUAGCCAGUGGAUCUUCAGCUUAUCAAGCUAGCUGUCCUCUCAGCCAAAUCGCUAUCUUUAUCUUUGACAAUAUCGAUAGCUUUUCGCUAAAAGUAUUAAAUCGCCUUGGAUUACAAAGAGUUUGCGGAAGUCUUCAAAAAUUAAACAAAAAUUGUACAUUAGUUACUUAA